AUCAGGGAGAUGUUCCUGUGUUCAGACAGACCCGUUCUUCAAGCCAUCUUCCUCAAUAGUAACUGCUUCGAGCAUCUGGCACGACUUCUGCAGAACAGCAAGCUGGUUAAUGCUAGGUGCACGGCGGCAGACAAGGACCAGAAAGAUAUAACCAACAACAGGUUACAGACAGGAGAGAGGGACACUCAGGUGUUUCAAGGGCGACUCGACUGCCUCGCUGUAGCAACAAUCAAAGCCCUCACUACAGUGAUGCACAAAUCACCAGCUGCCAAGGUAACGGACUCACAGACACGCCCAAAGAAACCGUCAUGUCAUGAUUAUUGAGUUGUGCAGGUAGAAAAGAGCAGGUAGCUUGAAAUGCAUCCUCUCCUUUUGACUCAGGUGACUGCAAU